GAAAAUUCAAAAAAUUUCACACAGGUGAAACCUCUCAGACACGUGCGAGCUCGAAAAUUUUCAUUUUCAAUUAUAAAACCCGCCUAGAAGAUGGUCUCAAUUUUUUUGCCAGAUCGUCUCUCUCUCUAAAGCUUUUCUCUCUUUUUCCCCUUUGUCCCCUGCACUUUACCGUUCACGAAGCCACUCGGAGCAAUCACGAAGGAACCUAUUGAAGAUUUAUAGUGUUGAAUCACAAUGCCAGAAGCAAGAGACCGAAUAGAGAGACCAGUUGAUUACCCAGCCGCAUUUCUCAAUAGACGCUCUCAUGGUAUUUUACUUGACGAGCCAGCAACACACCACAAUUUGUUUGGGUCUCCGGUUCAGAGAGUGCCGUCCGAAGCUACAGGGCUUGGGUCAGUUGGUCAAGGAUCUAUGAUGGGUAGAGGUGGGCUUGUGAGGGGUAAUUUCGGUAUUCGGCGGACUGGUGGUGGUAGAAGAGGUCAAAUUCAAUUUAGAUCGCCACAGGGACGAGAGAACAUGAGCUUGGGUGUUACAAGACGUGGAAGGGCUCGUGCUUCAAAUUCUGUGUUACCUUCUUGGUAUCCAAGAACUCCCCUCCGUGAUGUUUCUGCCGUUGUUAGGGCUGUUGAGAGAAGGAGAGCUCGUAUGGGAGAAGGCGUUGGCCGAGAUAUUGAGACCCCAACUCCACAACAGCUUGGGGUUCUUGAUUCUCUAGUACCACUUUCAGGUGCUCAGCUCGAGCAUGAUUACUCUAUGGUUACUCCUGGUCCAUCUGUUGGAUUCAAGCGUCCCUGGCCACCCUCAACUGCUAAAGUCCAUCAGAUUCUGCUCGACAUCACAAGAGAAAACACAGGGGAAGAAGAUGCCCUCACUCCACAGAAGAAGCUCCUCAACUCUAUUGAUAAAGUGGAGAAGGUUGUGAUGGAAGAGAUUCAGAAAAUGAAAAGCACUCCUAGUGCAAAGAGAGCAGAAAGGGAGAAAAGAGUUCGGACGUUAAUGUCAAUGCGAUGAUAUCCACUUUUCAUACUCAGAAAAGAAAAAAAAAAUGAAGUGACAUUAGGAGGAGACCAUAGGAUUCAGGGAAUAAAGGUGUGCCUGCACAGUGAGUACAUCAUCUUCUUAUGAUAUCUAAGAGAGAGGUGGAUCAUCUACUGGUGAUAUCUUCAUGAGCGUGUAGAUUUUGUUGAGACUUUUGGGUAUCAAUCUCUGAUGAUUAACUAGGAAGGGGUCAAUCAUCUCUCUGAUGAUAUAGUAGGGAGAUUCUAUCAUGUUUCUGAUGAUAAAAACAUAGUAUAAGAGAUUCAUCUUCUGAUGAUAUAUCGUAUGGGUGAUAACUGUUAGAUAGUUCACGGGUUUAUGUUGGAAACCUUUUACUUUUAGGCUUUUUGUAUGAUGAUGUCUUCUUGAUUCAGGAUAUUGUAGUUAAACAGAUUGUACAGAAGUUUGGUUUGUUGGUGGAAAUUGCAGAUGUUCUUUUUA